UCAUGCUCAUGAACAAAAGAAUUAAAAAAAGAAAACACGUGCUAAUGCUUCUCCUCCUCCUCCUCCACAUCGCCGGGUUUUCCUCUUCCUCCCCCGUGAAAACUGCAUUUAUAUCAAUUCUUCAGAUUCCCCAAACCCUAAAUUCUCUCUCUCUCCCAAUUUUUCUCCGUCGUUUUCCCCCAAAUUUCCUCUCUUUUUUAUGUCUUCAAACUUCAAAUCCAAUCUUCUUCUCUCUCCAGCUCAUUGACUCAACCAAAUCUAGAUCAAAGUUUGAAUUUUUAAAACCUUUCUUUUUUUUGUUGCUUCCUUCCAAAAAAAAAAACGUUUCUUUUUUUUUUCUUCUUCUUCUUCCUUCUGCAUCUGAAAGUUUGUAUUUUUCCUGGGUUUUUACCUUUCUUGGUUUGAAUAGACAAAAGGGUUUUCAAAAUUCUGUAGAUUUCAUUGUUACAAAAAAUGGGAGCGGUGACGUCAUCAAUGGCGGCGAAGUUUGCGUUUUUCCCGCCAAAUCCGCCGUCGUACGGCGUAGAAGUGGUGGAAGGAAAGCUGAGGCUGAUUGGUGUAGAGAACGUGAAGGAGAAUGUUGAAGUAUUGAAGCUGAAGACGAAGAGAGGUAAUCAGGUGGUUGCGGCGUAUAUUAAGAAUCCUACAGCUUCACUUACGCUUCUUUAUUCUCAUGGUAACGCCGCGGAUCUUGGUCAGAUGUUCGAGCUUUUCUCCGAGCUUAGCCUCCAUCUUCGUGUUAACUUAAUUGGGUAUGAUUAUUCGGGUUAUGGGAGAUCUUCAGGGAAGCCUAGUGAGCAGAACACGUAUAGCGAUAUAGAAGCAGUGUAUAGAUGCUUGGAAGAGAAGUAUGGUGUGAAGGAACAAGAUGUUAUCUUAUAUGGACAAUCUGUAGGAAGCGGCCCGACUUUAGAAUUGGCUUCUCGGUUACCUAACCUACGAGCCGUGGUUCUUCAUAGCGCUAUUGCUUCCGGACUUAGAGUCAUGUACCCUGUUAAACGAACUUACUGGUUCGACAUUUACAAGAAUGUCGAGAAGAUAUCGUUUGUCAAAUGUCCGGUUUUAGUAAUACACGGAACAUCAGAUGAUGUUGUUAAUUGGUCUCAUGGGAAGCAAUUAUUUGAGCUAUGUAAAGAAAAAUAUGAACCGCUUUGGAUCAAAGGAGGGAACCAUUGUGAUUUAGAGUUAUAUCCGCAAUACAUAAAGCAUCUAAGAAAAUUUGUAUCGGCGAUUGAAAAGUCGCCGAUACUUAGAAAUGGACCGGUGCCACUAACAGAGAAGGCAAGGAGUAGUACGGAUAUUAGAGAACCUGCAAGACCAAGCACAGAUCAGAGAGAUAAAUCAAGAACAAGCACGGAUCAAAGAGAGAUGCCGAAGCUGAGUACAGAUAUAGCGAGAGCAAGCGUUGAUAAGAGGGAGAGAACGAGAAGAAGCGUUGAUGGGACUGAGAAACCGAGUAAUUCCGCGGAACAGCAACUAGUACAACCAGAGAAAGGAAGGAAUAGCAUUGACAGGUUUGGGGAGAUGAUAAGAUCAGUAGGAUUUUGCAACAUAGAUUGUUUCAAGCCUACAGCAACAGCUAAGUGAGGUAAAAGAGAAGAAACAUAAACACACUCACAGACAAUACACAUGGAUCCAAGACAUCUAACUUUAGUUGUUUGAUUUUGGUUUGUUAUCUCUUUCUCCACUUACUUCCUCUUAUGCUAUGGAAUUUAACAAGUCACACAUCAAUGUUUGAUUCAAAAGCUUGGUUUGGUUAUUUUAAACUAUGAAUGAUACAACAGAUUAGAAUAUGUUUACGCCUAGUACAUCGAUCUUUCUAUUGCUUAAGGUGGCUUUGUGCCUAGGCAUGCUCUUAAAACCAAAUAUGUAUAUAGAUAUGAAGCAAUAGCUAAGAGUCAUGAAAAGGCAAAAUAUGUAUCUGC